GUGAGUGGAGGGGAGUAGCGGGAGUCUCACUUGCCAACACCUCCACUCACUCACUCACUGCCGCGUGUGGUUCUGACGAGUCCACUGCCUUCGUUGCCCCUCCGUCACCCCUCCGCCGCGCCCUUCUCCCGCGCCCUCAGCUCCCCGGGGCAUUCGGAAUAAGAAUAAAUAUCAUACAUGUUACCGCCUCACCUCAAACUGCUGACUUUUACUCUCCCGUGGAAAGCAAACACACUAAGCAAAAUCUGAGGCAAAGAGCGCCAGGACAAAGACCAUUAAGGCAAAACAUUAAAUAGUGAAGCACGGCCGAGCCCGAUUAGUGGUCUUUUAAACCUGAAGCGGACAUGAGGUGAUGUAGCGACCACCGGUGGCCUGGACGGCCCCUGGCCCCGCCAUGGUGCCCCAGCCCGCCAGCCCCCGCGUCGCGGCAACAUGUAGCCAGCUCGGUGUGUCCACAGUGACCUUGGACGGGUCGAGGGAGUACUGGUCGGCCAUGUACUCCCGGCCAGUCCUGGCACCGUCCUGCCACGGGCGGUGCGCUCAGGGCCAGGAUCCGGCCAGGGGUGAGGGGCCAGGCCCCGCCAUGAGACGGAGGACUAGACAAUAAAACAGUAGUGGAGACAGAGUAGCUCCGCGCGAGCACCGCCAUGCAGGCUGCCGGACUACUCAAGGAACGGACGAGCCAUGACACGCACCUCAACAGCCGGCGGGGGUCAAGGCCCACCGGCCCAUGGCCAAGCCGGUGCUGGUGGCCACCAUUACGCAGGACAACUCCAACGUGGCCACCAUCAACAGGGAGGCCUCGGAUGGCAUGAAUUGGAUCACCACUAGAGUCAAGCUACCCAACGGGAAGAACGCCUGGGGAGGGAGAGUCGGCGACAGAAAACGGGCGUCAGACGCUCAGAGAAGAUGGAUGAACAAAAACAAGGUCGGGGAUUCCGGCGGUGGGAGCCUGGAGAAACGGCCCGACGGCAAAUACCGCCAGACAGGGGUCGUCAACAUCGUCCUGUACGUUGGCCUUGGACUCAUCUCCUUAGGACUCAUCAUCACCUUCGUGGGGAUGGGCGAGCACGGCUUCAAGUCCCCCGAGCUGCAACUUAUCGGGCCGAGCCUCAUCGGGUGCGGCUUCCUAUUCUGCCUCCUUCGCCUGUUCUUCUGCUCCGCCCCCGCCUGCUGCGCCAUCUGCUGCAACAAAAGAAGCACACCCUUGGAUGAGAAGUCUCUCUUGUCCCCAUCCCGUGAGACCUUGAAUGAGGAGUCCGCGGAAUCCCAACAGCACCAGCAGCGGCAGCAACAGGAACAAGAGGUGCAGGAGCAGGAGGAGAGCGGGAGCGAGGUGCCACAGCGCCUCGAGACACACGAAGAAAAUGACCACCAGGAGGCGAGACGAAUCACCUCCAAGACGGCGCGCCGAGUUCAGUCCACGAUCCCAAACCUAAUUGAGGAUGAGUUCGACGACGACGCGGACCUGGGCUUGCAUGUGGAGUAUAUGGAUGAGGUGGGCCGCACCCUCAGCCCCAAGCAGCAGGGUGGCGGCUCUCUCAGCAGCUCUCGGGCAAGUUCGGCCCGUAGCCACGGCUCCGCGGCGUCCAAAGUUCCCCGCCUGCCGGACAUCCACACCGUGGGCCGCCAAGACCCUGAGAUUGUGCUGAACCCCGCCACGUUGGAGGGCGCCGUGGACUGAGUGGGCGAGGGUAGGGAUGGACACAAUGAGGGGACAAUACAAUACUCUUUAUAAUGUUUUUUAUAUAUCUCUUUCUUUCUUUUCUCAUUGGUGGAUCAAAUCAGAUCAGUGGACAGUAUUUAUGCUGGUUUGAAAGAUCGAAAGAGGGAGAAAAACAUAAAGUACAAUCAAACGGUGAUCCUCGGCGAGUGCUACAGCAUGGUGAGACGGAAAGUAGUCAGAGCCAGGAGGAGGACCCGCGCUGCCUUCUCUGGGUCUGCAGAGUGACUUAUGAUUAUAGUCGAACUCAUCCAAAGUCGGCCUCCCCUACGUACACCCUACCAGCAGUGUUGCAGCUUAACUCUCCCCAUAGCAUGGUAAUACCCCGCCCCACUCUUCCUUUCGUGUGAGCAGCUCAAAUAAUAAGCGUGCAAGUUAGAUGAAGCACUACGAUAUCCCAACAGUCUGAGAAAAUGAACGAUCGGCUGGCUUGGAGUGAUGACGGGAACCUUCGUACACCGCUACUCGUCACCCCUUGAAGCUCGCGUCCAGGCAGGCUCUGGGAUGCGGGUAGGGAGAUGAUGACUGUGAUAAUUAUCUUCUCGGGUAUCGCCUCUCAACCCUUCAGCCCCGCCAACUAGACCCCCAAGACAAAUGCACGACCAUCCUGCCCCAGACAAAAAGCUCCUCCCAGGUGCAUCAUCCACCUCAUACCUCGGCCAACGAAGAACUCCCAUUGAUUCCUCAUGCUGGUGUUAUCUGAUUGACCUUAAUUGUGAAACCUUUGACGUACGUGAAGGAGUCCCAUGGAUAUCAGCAGAGGGAGAAGAACGCGCACCAUCAAGAACGUACAUCCCAUCACCAACCUCCGAUUACCUAGACUAAUUCGUAGGUGGACAGUCUACUUGCUUACAAUCACAGACUCACCUAAGUCAUCAUUCAUAAGUUUCAAAGGUACGACAAAGGAGGGAAGAUGUAUAAGAAAUGCAACUUCACAAGAACGAAAUCAUAAAGUAAAAUAAUGAUCGGAGUAUGGCGCGUUUUCAAACUUUUGCAUCUAAACUUGUGAAGGAUUGUGUGAAGGUGGGUUUGUCAUUGAUUCAUCUUAUACGUAAUGAAGUGGGGUUACUUCUGAUCUGUUCUUUGGAGGGAUAAACACAGGUGAGUAUGUGACGUCAACAUUGAACUUGUAAAUGGAGAGAGAGAGAGAGAGAGAGAGAGAGAGAGAGAGAGAGAGAGAGAGAGAGAAUUUUAACUUUCCUUCGUUCUUUAUUCUUUCGAUCUCAGUGCCGAAAAUUUUCUCAUUCCAAUAGCCAAGUGGAUUUUUUUUUUAUUUCAAAAUGUAAAUGUGUCAUUAUGAAUGGUGUGUGUGUGUGUGUGUGUGCGCUGAUUUAUACGCUCUUGUACCUACCAACGAUCUGUUAGGGGCUGGGGAAGGUGUCAACACAACAGAACUCAAUCCAAUCUUAGAUUCCUUACUCUCUAAGAUGUGUGCGACAAGUGUACUAUGUAUGUUUCGUGAAUGUGCAUACCUACCAUGCUGUAUUUUCCACGAUAUCUCUUUUUAUGUAUACAAUAUAAUAUACAUAUUAAUGUUAGGCUGCCCUUGACUUGAAAGCUGUUUCUAUAGAUUACUGAAACUCGUUUUUAAGUUCAGAGACUCCUGCUGAACUGAGGGGCAAGAGUAUAUCAAGUAUUACGUACCAUGCAUGAUGAGAUGUCAGCUGAAUAUUUUUUGACAUGCAUGUUCAUCGUCAUCUCUAGUGAUAUUAAUGUAAAUAGAGAUUAUUAUAUACUCAGUGCAACCCUAAUGCGGAGCGCACAUGUGUAACUAACAUUUCCUACCACACUGUGAGAGUGAGCGAGUGAGGUCAUGAUACAAAGAGCCAGACAUCGGAACAUCACGUUGUGAGAAAAGAAAAAACAUGACUAUUUAAUUGUCCACACUGCUAGCAACUGGAGCAAUAACAACCAUAAUGACAUACGGUGUUAUACUGCAAUUCUUCUCUCAGUUUUCUUAGCUGAAAAAUCAGUGUGUUUAGUAUUGUUCAUGAACUAACUUUUAUUUUCCGUUAUAUUUUUUUUGUUGGCAUUUCCACUAAAAAUCUGUCAUUGCUGAGAAAUCUCAUAAAUUUAUUUGUAUUGUACUUUCCUUUAGUUCUAUUAAAUUAAGUGAUAUUUUAUCACUUGUCAAGAGAACACAGUUCCAGUGGUUUAGUAGCAUACUUCCAUUUCAUUACUCAUGAUAACCUGCAUUCAUAAGUGUUUGUAUCACUUACUGUCUUUCUUCAUCUAAAAAAUUUUAUUUUUCUUAAUAUCUUAUGAUCUUUUAUGCAAGAUUUUCUGAUAACUUCUAUAAUUUCCAUUCCAUCUCCUGUCUUUUGAUCUUCCUGAUUUCUACAUUAAUUUUUCUUCCCUGUCUUAAGUAAUUUUCCUUGCUUCAUUAAAUCCUAUUUCUUUUCAUUUCCAUUAUACUUUCUUUUAUGUUGUGGUAUGUUUCCUCCCUCUCAUCAUUUCUAGUCAUUCCUCUCCCCUCCAUGUGCAAAAUUCUUUUACUUUCAUGUUUUACUUUCAAAGUCAUUCUUCCAUACUAGAACCAAAAAUUUCUCUUGUGUUAAGCAUUGCCACAAUUAUCUGUCUCUUGCCCGUGCCUUUCAGUGCCUCAUGAAGCAGUGGAUUAACAUAUCUCACUGUUGCUGCACGGCUGCUCCCUCCUCUUCCAGUAUCGUGCAAGCCUUGGACAUGCCUAUAAGAAAACUACAUCUGUGUUAAAGGAUUUCCCCAUCUCUCUCUAUCCCUCCCAAAUAAGUUUUCUCAGCUAAUAACUUUUCCAAUAAUGCUUCUAAGACAGCCUUUACAUCAAGGCAAUCACUGGCACUCAUUGUCAACUUUCAUAUCUCUUCUUGACAAAACUGUAUGUUCGACAUGACCCUUUAAUUAUAACUGCAUAUAUAUGCUAUCAGGGGUAUGAAAGUUAUUUUCUUUUCCUUGUGAACACAGAGAAAUGGGCUUCACUAUAUCACUUUUGUCUUGCAAGUGCAUUGUCUGCCCUCUUCAGGCUGUGUGAGAACUCAGUAUUAACCAUGUACACUGGCCUGAGCUUACUGAUACUGGUGGUAUUGUGCCAACCCAGAACCAGAGGGUGGCUAAGGAAGCCCACCUUUGUGGUUACAUGAACAAACCACAGUCAUGUCAACAGUAUUUUUUUUCCCUUACAGUCAGUAUUUAUGCAAAAGUAUAAUUUACUCUACUUCUCUGACCUCUUUCCAGUUGACACCCAGUGCCUCAGGUUAUCCAAAAAUUAAUGUAAACCAUCAGUGUUUACAAGUGAGCUGCUGAUGAGACAGACAGCCAUAUGGUAUUGCAAUAUAUUACUGCAGGCAAUGUCUCAGUGGUGACUUUGGCCUCCCAACACACCACUAACCAAUAAAUCUUGGAAUCAAAGAGUUGCUCAAUGUUAAAACAACAUAAAGAAAUAGCUUAUAAGCCAACAGUGAAAUCAGACAGGAUUAAUUUCCAAAAUCAUAAAAGCUUUUAUGAAUUUUUUUUUUUAAUCCAGUGGCUAAUUCCAUCACACCAGCAUGAGCCCACGUUAUAGCUUUGUCAUGUUGACAAGUCAAAUCUUUUUCUACAAUCUGACAUGGGACUCAAUGAUUGAUUUCAAUUUCAUUCCAUUCAAAGAACUUUCAUAUUUUUUUUUUUAAUUGAAUAUGUACUUGUAAGAGGAUGUACUAAUUAUUUUCCAACAUUGAAGCUGAUAUGAAAAGACUCAUAUACCCUUCCCAACCAGACCUGUGUUUUAAAGUGCUCAGCCAAGAAAAUGUGGCAAGGAAUAAUACAUUAGCAACUCAGAAUUCCUGCUGAAUAUAUCAGUGACACAUUCAGCACUGUUCCACAAGUAAACAAAGGAAAUUUUCUUUCUUGAACACAUAAUCAGCUGCUGUCUUUGUAAUGUAAACAUAGACAUUCCUUGUAAUCUUUCCUCCAUUCCUAUAUAAUUUCAAUAUUUGCACUAUAUGACAUGAAAUAAAGUUUCAAAAAAUUAUUAACUGACAUAAGUUCAUGUAGUCUAAAUAAAUUUAACCAUAAUGCAACCUCAGCUUAUUUUCUGAAUAUCUUCAUUUCAUAUUCCUUGGAAUAAUACAUACUUUCAAGCCAAAACAAGGACCACUUAAAUACUGCAAAAAAGAGAAUUCCUAGAGGCUGGAUGGCCAGCCCCUCCAACACAUGAGUGGGAGUGUGCACUGAAUGUUGACGGAGUAGCACCAAAAAUUAACACGUAACAGGGACAUGAGGAGUGUGUAAGCAAGGGUGCUUGUGUGUUGAUGUUGGCAAUGUUGGAGUUACACACAUGUAUGUGUGCAUAACAUUAACAUUUGGAAACAUUCUUGCAGCAAAAUGCAUCCAUCAACCACACCCUGCCCACACCCUGCUCCUCUGCCCAGUGUUCAGUGGUGCUUGAUCUGCAGAUAAGCCAUACAACUAUUUUAUGUGGUAUUUAUACAUAUGUCUGUUUCCUAAACUGGAAUCUCAACUUACACAAGUCUUAGGAAACUACUCCCAUAAACAUCAAUAGUGUAUCACAAUAUUUGAUAAACAAAAUAAACAAAUAAAUGCAUAAAAAUAUGAUAAAAAUAAAGAUAAUAACUCAA